AUGUCGUUCAUUGUAGGUUCAUCUUUUUCGUUGCAGAAGUAUACAUGCGAAAAUAGAAUCAAAACUUUUAAGAAAGAUCACCCUGGCGGCAUACCGGAGAAGAAGAAGUUAAGGACUGAACUAUUUGACACAGGCGAUCUUACGAAUGAAUAUGACGCUCUUCCGCCGUUGGAAAACUUAUCAAUUCACUGCGAUGAAUCCAUACCUUUAGAGGUUGUAGGGCAUGUGACAUCUGUAGUAGAUUGUCUAGUAGUAAUUCAGUCAGACUCUGGUGUUGCCCUUGAUUUUGACUCAGUCCUUUUUGAUAAGGAUCGCAAUUCUAUUGGUGUAGUUUUCGAUCUGUUUGGUCCAGUGAAAAGCCCAUUUUAUUCAGUGAGGUACAACAGUAAGGAAGAGGCUGCAAAGAUAGAGGUUGGAAUGAAAGUAUACUACGCUCCCAAAGCAGACCAGUAUACAAAAACUGUAAUCGAAACUCAAGUAAAGCAAAUUGAAGCAGAGGAAGAUGUUUCCGAUGAUGAGGCAGUAUUUAGCGAUGAUGAAAAAGAAAAACAAUACAGAGCGCGUAAAGCAGCUGCUAAGGUAGGAACAACGAACUCAAUCUCCGGAGAAAAUAGUCAGAAACGUGGAAAAAGAAAUCGUGUUCAGUUUUCGGAAACCACAUCGCAUCGUGGAGGACGAGGUGUGUCCUACAUCUAAGU